UCAAGCAAAAAUAUUUUUGGUCACAAAAUGGGAUCAAAGAGGGGUUCCCCUGUUAAUGUUUUUUCUAUAUGGUUUAGGAAGAGGUCAAUGAAAGUGAAGAUCUUAUUGGGUAUAUUGCUUUCUUUUUGUGCUUUGGUGAUUCUAAAGUAUACUGUGACAGAUCCAGAUUGUUUUUACAUAGCCUCUGAAAUUAUCCACAAUACUGGCAUUAUUAUCCUAAUAUACAAGCUCUUUGUUCACAAGACAUGUUCCGGUUUAUCCCUCAAGAGUCAAGAGCUUACAGCUUUAUUCAUAGCAAUAAGAUUAGGAUGUAGUGCUUACUUGGAGAAUAACAUCCAUACAAUAUUGGAUCUUAUAACUCUCUUGUCAACAUUAUUGGUUAUUUGGUUGAUAAGAUUCAGGCUGAAGUCUUCCUAUAUCAAGGAGUUUGACAACACAUGGAUAUCAUUGUUGGUGGUGCCUUCUGGAAUUCUGGCAAUAUUGAUCCACCCAUCAGCAAAUCAUAUAUGGAUAAGUCGAGUCAUUUGGGGAUUCACUUUGUAUUUGGAAACUGUUUCAGUACUUCCUCAACUUCGUUAUAUGAAAAAAGCAAAGAUGAUUGAAACAUUCACAGGAUAUUAUGUGUUUGCUCUUGGUGUCUCAAGAUUCUUCUCACUAGCUUAUUGGAUUAUUCAUACUUAUGAAACUGGAGGGGAAUAUCUAUUUUUCUUCGGCCAUGGCUAUUUAUGGAUGUUUGCAACUCUUAUAUCAGAGAUAGUUCAGUCUUUCAUCUUGGCAGAUUUUUGUUACUAUUACAUCAAGAGCAUGAUCCAAGGAGAACUUUUGAGAAAGAUGCCUAUUUAAUGAUUUUGAUUUGGUUAUACAAUGUACUGAACAAGAGUAUGCUAUUGUACCUUAGUUUAAGGCUUGUUAUUUUAUACUGAAAGUGAUAUAUAAACUCUUCAUUUUCGACAUUUAGUCCAUAUUUAUUUUAUACAGGCAACACACAAAUUUUGAAAAUAUAAUUCAUCAGCACUAUUACUUUUUGAAAGGGCAUCAGCAUUAUUAUUGGCCGGUGCACUUUAAAAUAGAAUAUUGAAAGUAAUACCUUCUUGCAUUUAUAUCUUUCAUCCUUUAUCAUUAAUUUUUUUGAGUUUAUAUUUGUUUGUUGCAAUUUCUUCGUGAAUUCUUUAUUAGCUAAUAUGAUUUGAAUUAAAAGACUUAACCAGCUGUCCACAAAAAUGUAGUGAACUACAAUUUAAAUUUCAAUUG